CUCCACCUGAACCACCAUCCAACCACGGUCGACGUGCUCUCAAGAGCACUGACAGUGAUCACUCUGGGCCGUGGCGCCAUCUAUUACACGCGGAAUAGGCGAGGAUGAGCACUAGCAAACGGGGGUCUCCGAGUCGACCUACCAAACGUCGUCGCAUCGGUAUUGGUCAGCCCACCGAGGAGGACAGAAUCUCCCCUGCACAGGUGCAAGCGAGCGCACCCACUGCAACGGCACUAUCAACGCGAACUAUCUUGCUUUCGGUCCCCUCAUUAACCGCCGUGUGCAUUCGUGUGUUUGCUGACAACUUGAGGAUUCUGUCAGAGAAUCAUCCAGUGUGGGAGAAUGUCCGUUCCUUGUUGCAGGUCCUCCCGGACCCGCUCGCUCAGAGGCUCUUCUCCACGCUCAAGACGACAUGCCCUCAGUUUAUCAGCGACGAGCUGAUAGAGUCUUACUUCAUACGCCCUCCGGUCGUUGCUCUUGACAGAGGCCUUCCCGGAGUCAACAGACGCACCUUCGUGGCUAUACGCGACUCCACAAUCAACUCCCAGCUUCAGGAGCUACAUCUCACGGAUUUUGACAAGGAUGGCGAUACUGUGUUUGCAUCUAUCAUCUCGAAACUCCCCAGUCUACGCGUCCUCGUCUUGAGAGGCUGUUCCAAAGUCGGUGAGAAGACGUGUAACACCGUGGUGCAAACAUGCCCCAGUCUAGCGGUACUGAAUCUGAGCCACACAUCCGUCACCCCUGCUUUCGUAGCCCCCAUCCUACUAGCUUGCCGUGACUUGGAAGUCUUGAAAGUCGCGGGUAUAUCCAGCUGGACUGAUGCUGCAUUUGCGAAGUUAACCGCCGCAUUCAGCAAAGACGAAGACUUCCAGCUGCCCAAAUUGCGUACCCUAAAGUUACGCCAGACAUCUUUAAGUGACAAUGCUCUAGUUCCAUUCAUGAAGGCCUGCCCAAAUCUACGACGUGUGGAUCUGUCAUUCACGCAGAUCCGCUUUCCGUGGCACCUGCUCCGCGGGAAGCCCGUGGAGAAGCUGUCGCUCGCCUCCACCCCAGUGCUGGGCAAGGCUCUGCUUGAUACGAUCUCCCGGCUGCCUCACAUCGUGACGCUCAACGUCGCAGCUCUCGGAGGAAGCCAAGGCUCCCAUACGGCUUCCCCAAAUUUGUUUGCGAUGAGUAUCAACGACGAUAUACUCCGUGGCCUUACGGAUAUGCUGCAAACAUCUCGUCUCGAACGGAUCAAUUUGGUUGGCAGCACGAAGAUUGGGAUGACUGGUAGUCACGGACGUCGAGAAAGCGUAGUGGGCGACUUCGUCCGUCGUGUAGGUAGAAAAUGCAAAGUGCUGAACUUGUCGAAUGUACCGGCACUUCGGUCCGCCGAUCUGGAAGGACUGGUUUCGGAGACCGCGGGCGACCCACCCCCCAUGAUACAAGUGCUGCUCCUGAACAACACACUGGUCGAUGAUGCCGCUGCUCCGUUCAUCUCGGCUUGCACAGACCUGGAAAACUUGGGGAUAAGCGGGACGAGGUUCACCAGUGGUGGCUUGUACCCUGUCGUUGACGCAUGCCCACGGCUGCACAAGUUGGACCUGACUAGCUGUCGUGGUGUGAGAGUCGUUGACAGACGACGGUUCUUUGAGGUCUGGGAGAAUGAACGGGAGGAACUUGGUUGAUUUCGUGCAAAAUCAAAGCUCAAACAUGUGGCGUGUCAGUGCGGGUGGAGUCGAAUGUUGAACAACGAAUACUGGCUCUGAUCUGCGACUGUUCACGCAUCAUGACUUGAUACUUACUACUAGUACAGCGGCGACUGUCCGACGCCGGUCUCCUAUCCGAGUCCACAUAUGAGAACGGAACCAUAGUUAUUUCCACCUUGUCCUGUGAAUCCUACAGAAAUUGCCAUAAGUAGGCUUCAAAUAGCAGGAAUACGACUCCGACAUCCGUGCUCACG